AUGGAAAAAGUUACGUGCGUGCCCGAAAUAUCGUUUAUUAAAGAAGAAGCCGACGCAGUAUCCAUUUCAAGCAAUAGUUCAGAUCCAGAACGAUUGGAAGUGGACAUGUCUCAGGCUCUCUCUCGAAACGGAUAUAAUCCGCCUCUAAGCGGAGAGGCGAGCCAGCUCCUCAGGAAACUGAUCACGUGUCGAAAAUUGGGCAUGACCAUCACUCCAGCGCAACCUCACGUCCUCAACUAUACGUUGUUCGAUGAACAACAGAAAUCCAUAGAAAACACAAACGCGGAGAAAAGUAGACGGAAACAAAGUUAUCCUUCGAAAGCAUCCGUGUCAGAAAGCGUGCCUAUGGAUCAAGACGAGGAAGAGGAAUACGGGCCCGAUUUCACAGGAAAUAGUCCGUGGUGUAAUAUGGUCAAGGGAAAGAGGGUGGAGGUACCAAAGCGUGUUGCUUUGUCCUGUACGAAUUGCGGUACACAGACGACGACUAUUUGGAGGCGGAAUUUGAGAGGGGAGAUGGUUUGUAACGCAUGUGGCCUUUACUUCAAGUUGCAUGGUAUAGACCGGCCAGUCACUAUGCGACGAGACACAAUUCACACUAGACGCAGAAGGCCGAAAGCGGCAGAACGAGAAAAAUCCGGUGAUUACUCUCCUCUUGUUGGUAAUUUUGUUAACCCCCCAGUGCACACAUAUAAAGCGUAUAAAGCGAAAAUUGUAAAAGCUUCCAAAGAUCGUGGCGCCGCGGAAAGUUCGGACACAGACGACAUGCUCAGCGCCUUGAGACGCCAACUUCGGCCUCACCUGGUGAUGGCUCUACAAGGACACCGAAACAACUCGAACGAGAACAUGAAUCUAGACGGUAGUCCGAAGGUACCAUCUCGCGCACAUAUACAGGGUCCAACCGUACCAAAUUUCUUGCCAAUAGAGAAGAUACCCGGCGGCGUGUCAGCGCGGGAAGCUGACUCCGACGAAGACAGCAUAGCGGACCUACCGUUAAAUCUUGUUUCCACGCAAAUGACUGAGGGUGAACUAAUUUAA